AUGGAUGUCAAAUCGUUAAAGCUAGGAGGCAAGUAUAAGAUUGGCAAGAAGCUUGGAUGAGGAGCGUUUGGCGAGGUCUAUUUAGCAACAGAGUCUCAUACAGGAGAGGAGGUGGCUCUCAAAAUUGAGUCUAAUAAGACCAAGCACCCACAGUUGAUAUAUGAAGCUAAGUUAUUAAGAAUGAUGAAGGGCAAAGGGAUCCCUGAUAUGAGAGGAGUCAUUAUUGAGGGAGACUCUAAUAUAAUGAUAAUGCAACUUCUUGGACCUUCUCUUGAAGAACUUUUCAAUUACUGUAAAAGACAAUUUAAGUUAAAAACUGUCUUGAUGCUUGCUAUUCAAAUGCUCGAAAGAAUUGAGCUAGUCCAAAACAAUCAUUUUAUUCAUAGAGAUAUGAAGCCAGACAAUUUCCUGAUCGGCCAUAAGAAGCCUUCUUACAUCUACUUGGUAGAUUUUGGUCUAGCCAAAAGAUUCAGGAAUCCAAAGACAGGAGAACAUAUUCCUUGGAAGGAAGGGAAGAAUUUAACUGGAACUGCCAGGUAUGCCAGUCUCAGCACUCAUCUUGGUUAUGAGCAAUCCAGAAGAGAUGAUCUUGAAGGUCUCGGCUAUGUUCUUAUGUACUUCCUCAAAGGAAAGCUACCAUGGCAAGGACUCCCAGGUAGAAACAAGAAGGAGAAGUACGAACGCAUCAAGGAGAAGAAGAAAUCUACAUCUAUUGAGUCUUUGUGAGAAGGAUUCCCAAGCGAGUUUGCCAAAUAUUUCACAUAUUGCCGGGGACUUCAAUUUGAAGAUAAACCAUGCAUCUCUGACCUCAGAAAAUUGUUCAAACAUUUGAUGAAGAAAAAGGAGUACGAAUAUGAUUACAAGUUUGAUUGGAUCAUUAAAAAGCAAAAGGUAUGUAAAAAUACAAUCCAUCCAAUGGGAAUGUCUGGAGAUGACUACAAGAGGAAGCUUAUGGAGAAAUUAGAAGGUGACAACUAUGACAGAAAACGCAAGAUGAAAGCUGUUGAAAAUGAAGAAGAGAAACAGGAUUAA